AUGGACGCCCACAGUGGGGAGGUGCUGCGUGCUUUCGGACUGGGUGCGUCCGUACUGAGUGAAGUGGUGACAGCCUUCACGGAAGUAGAUCCAUCUAUAAAUAGAACAGAUGAGAGUGACGUCCCUAACCGUGUACCAGGGCGCAGUGGGGAAGGGCGUGAUCAGGACAUGUCUGUGGAUGGCAAAACGUUUGAUAUUAAGACUGAGAGAGACGGAGAGACGUCUAUGGACAUUGAUUCCG